UACUUCGAUUCCUUUGACUCGAUCGCAAAAACCGCCACCGAAUGGAAGUAGACCGAGGCGCAGCGAGGUCGCAUGAGGUUACUGUCUACAUUCUUGUACUCGCUGAACUUCGAUCGACUUCGCGAGUAGUAUAGUGAGCGUUAAUGUAAUACGCCUCGUAUAAUAAGUGAAACAUCAUUGUGUACUUGCUAUGCUCAUCUGCGCCGCCCGAGCUGGCGUCAUUGGUCUAGGAGGCUACGACGGUGGGCAUGGUCUUCUUGCUUCAGCUCCUGUAGCUGUAGCCGCUCCAGUAGCUUUAGCUCAUGCUCCCGUCGCUGUAGCACAUGCUCCCGUAGCUGUAGCUCAUGGAGCGACUUCCUGGCAAAAUAACAACUUGCUAGCUUUGAAUCCAACGGCCGUUGUUACCAAAGUUGCUGCUCCAGUUGCUGUUGCUGCCCCCGUCUACGCUAAAGUUGCCGCACCAGUCGCUGUUGCUCCAUGGGGCUUAGGCUUAGGCCAUGGAGGAUAUGGAUUACACUAAAAAGAAUAGUCUGACGAAUGAUUCCCGCGAAUGAAACAAGAAAAAAUAUGAGUGCAAGAGAUGAGCAACAUCUGUUUAUUAUUUAUUGAAUAGUGAUUAAAUUAUAUAAUAAUUUUAAA